GGGGAAAACAGAAGAAUCUACCCUCUAUAUAUUAAGGUAUCCACACUCAGUAGCUUCGCAUUUUGCAGUGAGUGGGAAGAGAGAGAGGGAGUAUCAGACAUGGAAGAUUCCCAGUUUGACGUCAUAAUUGUCGGAGCUGGCGUCAUGGGCAGCGCCACCGCCUACUACGCCGCCAAACGCGGUCUCAGGACCCUUCUCCUCGAACAAUUCGACUUCCUCCACCACUGCGGUUCCUCCCAUGGCGAAUCCCGCACAAUCCGCGUCACCUACAUCCAAAAACACUACUACCCUUUCGUCAUCGAGUCUUACAAACUCUGGCAAGAGCUCGAGGCCCAAGUGGGCUACCAGGUCUACUUCAAAGCCCAACACUUCGACAUGGCCCACUCUCACGACCCCACAAUCCGCUCCGUCGUCGACUACUGCCAGGCCCACGCCAUCCCCUUCCAACUCCUCCGCCGCCGCCAGGUCGCGGAGAAAUUCGCCGGCCGCAUCGACAUCCCGGAGGAUUGGGUGGGCGUCUCCAACGAGUAUGGCGGCGUCAUCAAGCCGACCAAAGCCGUCGCCAUGUUCCAGACACUCGCCUACAAAAACGGCGCCGUCUUGGUGGACAAAGCCAAGGUGGUGGACAUCAAGAAAAACAAAGAGGGAGAGGGCGUGGAAGUUUUCACCGCAAGCGGCAAGAGAUUCCGCGGUAAAAAGUGCGUGGUGACUGUGGGCGCGUGGGCGCAGAGGUUAGUUAAAACGGUUAGCGGGGUCGAACUCCCGAUAGUGCCCGUGGAGACGAACGUUUGUUACUGGAGAAUAAAGGAGGGGCAGGAAGGGAAAUUCGCGUUAGGAACCGGGUUCCCUACGUUUGCGUCGUUUGGGGACACUUACAUUUACGGAACACCAACGUUGGAGUUUCCGGGGUUGAUUAAGGUGGGGGUGCACGGAGGGAACCCGUGCGACCCCGACAAGAGGCCGUGGGGCCCGGCGGUGAUGAUGGAGAAGUUGAAAAAGUGGGUGGAAGAAAGGUUUUCGGGCAUGGUUGAUUCCAGUGAGCCUGUGAUAAAACAGUCUUGCAUGUACUCCAUGACACCGGACGAGGAUUUCGUCAUUGAUUUCUUGGGCGGUGAGUUCGGAAAGGACGUGGUAAUCGGAGGCGGGUUUUCGGGUCACGGCUUCAAGAUGGCUCCGGUUAUUGGGAGGAUCUUGACGGAGCUUGCGGCGGACGGGGAAGCCAAAGGGUUUGAUCUGAAACAUUUUAGGAUCGGAAGGUUUAGGAUAACCUCCAAGAUUUAGUAUCUUCAUUUAUUUAUCUGUCACAUCACAUCACAUAUCGUUUUUAUCAACUUGCAUUUAUUUGUUUGUUUCCUUCAAUGUUUAUGUCGUGUGAGUCCAGGUUUGGUGAUGUUUUACUACAUCAAAUUACAUUAAACCUGCUCCGUUGUAUUUAAAUAAAAAUUUAGUGAAAGUGCAAGCUACAAAAUGAAACUCA